AUGGGACAGAUUGGUUCAGCGUUAGCCAAACCUUUUCGUAAUUUUAACGCCGUACACAGAGCCAGUAAAGUCUUGGAGAGACGACAGAAAGUUGCAGAGGCCCCACCAUUGUAUCCCUCUGUUGCGGAGAAGGUGUCCCGUUUUAGAAAUGAGCAUCCUGAAUUCCUUGAGGCUCAGAAGCACAGAGAUGAAAAAUUGCAUGAACAUUUGAAGAAUAUUCAUGUAGAAUCAUCACAAACUGUACAGCAACUAACAUCAACGAAAGCACUUCCAUUAAAUCGGACAACACCAGCAGAGACAGACAUGGGUGCUAUGGAAGCACAGACACAUGUUGAAGGGCGUGCCAGUUUGAAGACUGUUCUGAGCUUUUUGGAACAGCACAGAUCUAGCCCUAACGAGUUCACAGCUUCUAGGAUUGCUAGAGAGCAUGGUUUGGAGGAGAAGGAUGUGGAGAAUGUUCUACGCUACAUCAAAGUCCUUAACUUGUUUAUACCCAAUGAGAUGUAUGAAAAGAAUAAGAAAAUGGCCAAGCUUGUAGCAGAACAGAUGAAACAAGCAUCUCCAUUUGCAUCUUUUACUAUGCCGAAGAAACUACAAGAUGGGAUGCUGAAAAAAAUUGAAGACAAGAAGUCAGAAAGUGACCUUUCACCCACAAAAAUAUAA